AUGGCGUCUCCGUCUGCGUCGUUAGCGGUCUCCGCACCUCAUUACCAGCAGCAUGAGGCUUUGCGUAAGAUCCUACUACGUCGAUCUAUACGAAUUUGGUCCUCAAAGUCUGCUCAGGAGCAGAGUGCAAUGGCUGAUAGUCUCUUCCAGCUCUUUUCGAGCGGAACGUCGUCUUCGACAGUCUCUAACUCGACAACUAUCGCACUGAGACCAAUAACACGUCGUCCAGGUGUCGAAGAGGUAAAGAAUUGUGUCCUUACCAGCGUGUAUUCGUGUCUUCCACCUCAAUGCGACGGCCUUCGUAGUGAAAUUUGGCAGAUACUACUAAACGUGUAUAAACGUAAUCAGCAUGGGUCCGCAGCUCAGGAAUUUGACCGAAUGCUACAAAGACUUGGAAAGCUUUCUCGAGACUCUCUCCUUGUCGAUGAAUGUGGUGAAAUAGCUGAAAUUCUCGAGCCGACAGAUUCGAAAGCUCGAGAGAGAGUCCAACAAGAACUCGAAGUGUUGCUCAUGUGGUUUCUUACGACGAAAAGUGUAGCAUACUCUACGGGUAUGGCUCGAGUCGUCGCUCCAUUUUUUUUACUCAAAAUGCCAUUGCCUACUAUCUAUGACUGCUUUUAUCAGUAUUGUGCCCACUUUAUGCCCCAUUUUGUUGUUGCUGACACUUUGUUUGCCGACACACCAACCAUAAAUAAUGUCGGUGGAGGACAAGGGAGUAAUCGAGGUAGUUACAGUAGCAAUGAUGACGUAUUUUCAGGACCAACCGGAACUUUGGAACGAUCAAGUUCACUCUCAUCGACUUCGUCUCUGGUUGAGGAGAGUAAACGACAUCUGGAAGAAGAAGAUGCCCAGUCUUUGCGUCGUGAGCGGCAACAAUUGGUCGAGCAAUUGCUCAGUUACCAUGCGCCUCAACUUGGUCAUUGUCUUAAUCAAUGGUGUGGGAAUGAAUGGAGCGUUGCGGGCAAGUUAUUUGCUGCCGAUUUCAUCUUAGGCCAUGUUUACCACGUCGUCCCGCCUGCUGCCUUUGUUUACGUCAUGGACCAAUAUUUACUGACAGGUGAUCCAUUAUUUGGUCUCUUUCUUGUCAUUGCGGCUCUCAUACAGCAAGAAGAAACUUUAACAUCUUGUGAAUCGGCCGAUCAAGUGCAGGAUCACAUCCGUGCAACAUUUGAGUUACAAGCUUUUGCUGACAUUGAAAAUGUUCGAUAUCUAUGUCUUUCUGCCUCUCGUCUCCGUAGUAAAACACCCAAGACAUACAAAUGUUCCCAACGUGAAGGAUUUGCGGACAUUCGCUGCUCUUCUCGACGAGCGAUGGAAAUUGCGUUCAGUCCUAGUGUUUUGACGACGAAAAAGGUUCGAACGCAGUCUGGCAAUAAUAGUUUCAAUGGUUCGCAAGUCAAUGGAUUUAAUGUCGAUCGAAAAUCAACGGCAGAAGCUGCAGUGGAUAUGUCGCAAUGGGUUAUGAAAGAAUCGCGGUCUAUUGCUGGCAAGAUCUUUUGGUAUCAUACGCAAACGGGAAAGACUCAGUGGGAACAUCCAGCGGACAAACAUGCAUCUCCCUCUGCGUAUUUUGCACUGCCUGUAAGUGUUGAAGAAGUUGGAGCUCAAUUAAUGGGUGGGAACGAAAAAAUGGAAGGACAACAAAGUGUUGGUAGCAAUACCCUUCGAUUCUUUGUGGUGGACUGUCGAGGUUUGCGAAGUUCGGAAGAUCUUAAGAGUGGUCGAAUUCCAGUUGCUUACACUUUGGAUCCUUCUGUUUUUGACUCACCUGAAAUGAUUGCAAAGAGCAUGAAAGCUUUAGAUCCGAUGCGAUCACAAGUUCAUGUCGUGUUAGUGGGUCAUGGUGUGGGUAUGCCACCGGAACUUGUGACGUCAGAAGAUGCCAAGACAAGCAUUCGAGAUGCUGUUCGCUUAGAUAUCGACUGUCUCAAUCAAGCAGCUUUGUUUUUUCAAAAACGAAAUUUUCGAUUUGUUAGCACAUUGGAUGGUGGCUAUUCGUCGUGGCAUGCAUUUAUGCGCGAUCGUGCGGGAUCAUCUCCAUCAGAGCUUUUGAACCACGUUGCUACCGAGUGUGUCUACUGCCGGUACGAUACGAUUCUGCGCACAGGUGUGGAUCCAACUAAGAAAAAGAGUAAAAUAAAAUGGCGACGCAAAACGAAUAUGCCAAAGACCACAUCUAUGCCUGUGAAUGGAGGAGAAGGUGAUGCUAGUAUCGUCUCGACUAGCGAUGUGAAUCAUGGACGUAGUCGUAGUACUGGCAGUCUUGGAGCAUCUCGGCGUCAAAAGCUAACACUUUCUCGAAAAUCAAUUUCAUCCAUGAGGACCAAAUUGUCAGAAGUUUCAAUUCCAAAGAAAUGGAAUUGGAGGCGUCGAUCUUCGGGAUCAACGAGUACGGACGUCCUACAUGAUAGUGGAUCGUCAUCCGAGACGGCAACAGCUGAAGAUGGUGGCAGUGAUCACGGAUCUUCGUCAGAUGAGCAUGAAGAAAAAGGUGAUGAAGUGACGCAUGAAAUGCUGCGUGCUGCUCUGGAAGAUCCUGAAGAUUCGAGUAUUGGAGUUGACUUGGACAUAGAGGGAUCAAAGGAUACAAACUUUGUUGGAGUCUUUACAAUUGACUAUAGUGAAGACGAAGACGAGGACAACAGUGAAACCUUAACGACGAAAAUUGACGAACAUGCAAUGACAUGUUCGAUCGAAGCUGUCGUUGGAGACGACGCAGAACCGACCGCAUUGGCUUAA